CUUUCGGUGCCAUCGCACCAGACACACACAUUGCGCCAUGUCAUUAUCGAGAGCCGUGUCAUCGUGCCUGAGAUGCACUGCAUGCUCAGCCCCCGUUGCGCGAGCUUUGCCUAGGACAUCGCCAAAGACGGCCUUCCGCGCCUCCUGGACGGCUCAACGCCCGAUUAGCACCACAACACGACGCCUCGCAAGCAGAGACGACCCGGCCGUCGAAGAUCCCGAAUAUGCUUUUCUCAAAGAUGAAGAGGCGAAGGACGUCUUUUCCACCAAAGAGGAAGUGGUCGAGCUUAGGGUGGAUGAAGAACCAGUCGAGCUGAGGGUGGAAACCGCCAAAGACGGAGAAAUGGCAGCGGCAGAGGAUCCAAUCAACGACGAAGCGAGCCUGGAAGAGACGCCGGAGUCGGCAUUCGAUGCGGCGUUCGACCUGCCACCGCUCCCUACUGUCGAGCCACCAAAACCCACGCUGCCGUGGUACCUCCAGAACCGCCCUGCGCCUGAACCCACCCAAGCCGCCAUCAUCCCCGACCUCCCCCCCAACCCGCCGCCGCUCCUCCAGAACCUGCUGGAAUACGUCGCCAACACGGCCGGCAUGGACGACCUGGUCCUCUACGACCUGCGCCACCUCGACCCACCGCCCGCUCUCGGCUCAUCCCUGAUCAUGAUCAUCUGCACCGCCCGCUCAGAAAAACAUCUCCACGUCUCCGCCGACCGCUUCUGCCGUUAUCUCCGCCGCGAACACCACUUGAAAGCCAAUGCUGCCGGCCUACUCGGCCGCAAUGAGCUCAAGAUCAAGCUGCGCCGCAAGGCCAAGCGCAUGAAGAUGCUGGCCAACGUAGGCGGUGCUGAGCCCGAAGGCAACAUCGACGACGGCAUCAGAACGGGCUGGAUCUGCUGCACCAUCGGCAAAAUACAAGCGCAUCCCGACGACCCGGGUUUUGGACCUGUGCGAGGUGAGGGCGAGGGCUUCGUUGGGUUCAGCGAUGUCAAGCCCGGCGUCAACGUCGUCGUGCAGAUGUUCACCGAGGAGAAGAGGGCGGAAACUGACCUCGAGACGCUGUGGGGCGGCGUACUGAAGACGCAUGAGCGGAACGAGGGCAAGGCGGACGAGAUGAUCAGGGCGGCGGGUGAGCACCUGGAAGAGGCUGAUUUGGAGGCUGAGGUGGCGGCGGAAGACGAAAAAGAAGCACUGGAAAUCAAAUCCAGGCCUGCGCCUGUCGCUCCGCCAGCACCUACGCCCACGCCCACACAUGUCUUCAACGUGCCCCGGCCGACGGCAGGCGAUGCAUUCCCGGACCCUUCUGCCUUCGAAAACCGCCAGCAGCUGCGCCGGCUGCAUACUGUAGGACUACGCGUGUAACACUAGCAAGCAUAUACCCACUGUAAAACAUGUACACAUAACACGAGGAAGAAUCAAUCAUACCCAUGCGCUAUUACGCAAAGCGCAACGCUGUCUGAUGUUCUGCGGCAAUCAAAAGCCUGCCCACACUCUGCUGUCACCUACAAUUUUACAAUAGGGACAACACUACUCCUGAAAAUUAAAGC